GGCCGGGGCCGCGCUGCUCACGCACUCCGCCUUCUGGGACCCCACGGUGAGCGGCGACUGGGACAGCGAGAGGCCGAGCCCGGCCUGCCUGCUGCGGAUCAAACGGGAUAUCAUGUCCAUUUAUAAGGAACCACCCCCUGGAAUGUUUGUUGUGCCUGAUCCCCAUGAUAUGACUAAGAUUCAUGCAUUGAUCACAGGCCCAUUUGACACGCCUUAUGAAGGGGGUUUCUUCUUGUUCCUGUUUCGCUGUCCUCCAGAUUAUCCCAUCCAUCCACCAAGGGUCAAACUGAUGACAACAGGGAAUAACACAGUGAGGUUUAACCCCAACUUCUACCGCAAUGGGAAAGUCUGCCUGAGUAUUCUAGGCACUUGGACUGGUCCUGCUUGGAGCCCAGCACAGAGUAUCUCUUCAGUCCUCAUCUCCAUACAGUCUCUGAUGACUGAGAACCCCUAUCACAACGAACCUGGCUUUGAGCAGGAGAGGCACCCUGGGGAUAGUAAGAACUAUAAUGAGUGCAUUCGGCAUGAGACCAUCCGAGUAGCUGUGUGCGACAUGCUGGAAGGAAAGUGUCCCUGUCCUGAGCCUUUACGGGGUGUUAUGGAGAAAUCUUUCAUGGAAUACUUUGACUUCUACGAGGGUGCGUGCAAAGAGAGGCUUCACCUCCAAGGACAGACAAUGCAGGAUCCCUUUGGUGAGAAACGAGGCCACUUUGACUAUCAGUCCCUAUUAAUCCGUUUGCAAGGAAUUCGGCUGAAGGUGCAAGAGAAACACCAGCAGGAGAAUGUAGAAAUAGACUCUGACAGCAGCUCCUCGGAGACAGAGACGGACACUCAAGGGAGCUCCAAGGCUUAGAGGUCUCUCUAAGUGAGAAACCCAAUCCUGGGGAUGGUUCUGUCUUCGAACUCUAGAAUUACCCCUGACAGACUUGAGAACCAAGCCAAUCCCAGAGUGGCUAGAGCUGGAAGAGGUCUUCUGUCUCCUUUAAUGCUCUGGUGGAUACCGAACAAGAGGACUUCAUGGUAGACAAAGCCAAGCUUGUGACAGGCUACUCGAAAAGGUACUUCCUAUGCUAGAAAGCUGGAGCAUGUGGCAUCAGGUUAUUUUGGAAACACUUAUACCAGGUGGCUUUUUUUUUUCUUCAUUGGAUUAAAAUAAUGAGAUGUAGAAUGCAAGUCCGUUUUACAGCUUUUCUGUUCUUAAAUAGCCAGUGUGUGCCCUUCCCUCUGGCCAUGCUGAACUCCCAAGGACCAGAGCUGUAAGAGCACUUGGGUGGAGUCGGUAAUACUAAGGGGUCCACUUGCUGCUUGCCCGGGGUUAACUUCUGUCUGGGGAGAGGUGGGGCCCAGUGCUCUGCAUAAGCCCAUCUACCUACUGAUAUCUCUUCUAGACAGACCAAAGAUAAACAGGGUGAGUCUAGCUUUCUUUCUGAAAGCUUCAUCCAGUCCCUGGGUGGCUUUUGCUGGCUGAACUUUAGGUGGAAGUGGGGGGGAAGAAAUGGAUGCAAACUGUAAAAGCUUAUAAAUCAAGAGCAGAUGCUUUUACCUUGGAAACACUGGAGAGAGAAUCACUGGUUCUUUUAAAACAACCCCCACACACACACCAAGGCUUUUGUUUUUUUUAUGAUCUUGAUUGGAGCUGACAUGUUCUACUUUAGCUCUUCUAAAUGGAAGUGCUGUUUGCUUUCAGCCCCUGAAGUCAACUUUUUUUUUUUUCUUUUUCUGUUAAUAUUUUGAUCUAGGCCAAAUUUGAAUGCUAGGAUAAGGGACAUUUGUAAGCAGGAAGCUAACUUCUGAUGGAGUCCUACAGAGAAGGGGAGGAGCAAAUGUCAAUAGCAGCAGAACAUUCCCUUGCCAAACUUGGCCAGUGGUAAAACUAUUUCUUAGAAGGAUCAAACCUUUAACAGCAGAGUCUCCUUUUUGAGCAAUUCAUACCUCUUGGGCAGGUGUCGUCUGGCUGCACGUGCCAUUACAUCAAAGAUGUAUUUAAAGUAAGGGGCAUGGAGAUGAAACAUACUAAGGUCAAGCAGGCAGAUAAGCCUGAUUUGGUAACAAAAUAAAAUCACCAAACUGGGUGGUAAAAUGCUCUCC